AUGGAGAGCACCUCAACUCCCCUGGCAGAUUACUUUUGGAUUGCUGGCGUAGAGUCAGUGUCGUACGACGAUGCUGCUGCCAUCAACACCCACAUCAACAGCAUUCCCGUCGAAUCAACCAUUUCGGAACAUGGUGAGCCUGACCAUGUCGCCAGAAACGGCCACAAACCGAACGCUGCUCGUCAUUCGCGCCAAAAUUCUGCCAACCGCCUCUCCAAAAUCUCAAUCGACGGUCGAUACUCGAUUGCCAGCACCCUCGAUGAGCUCAACGGGAAUACUCGCAGCAACAGGAGCAGCGCCACCAUAAAACCAGUCAAGCCUGCUGGCCCAACUGGGAAUUUCCCUGCCACAAAUGGCGCCUCUCCCGAGGGUUCGACGCAGGGCCCAACCCCAGGUCUUGUGCUCAUGGGCAUGCCCGAUUUCGAUUUCGACAAGGCACUUCUAAAGUUUGCCACUGAGAGAGAAAACUUUCUUGAAGACCUGUCAUUUACUGCAGGGGCCAAGCUACAAUCGCGACCGCCAAUGGUGAACCCACGAGCCGAGAGGAUUCGCGCCGACGAGGCCCUUCCAAACGGCAGGAUGAGCCCGCUGAGGAGUAUCAAAGGCAGUAUUCGACGCAAGAUCAGUUUUAGGGAGAUGAAUAGCGUACGCAAAGGACCUACAGUCGCCAGACAGGGUGCCUCGAGCAGAGCUGCGUCGGUUCGCACUACCAAACGACUGAGCAACUACAACUCCGUAAUCCCUCCUCCGGAGCCCUUGAACACCGAUCCUGACAUGCACCCAUUGAAGCGGCGUUUCGAACCUGUCUUGCUAGAUCGAUACCCACCAAAGAACGCCAAAGAUGAACUCGCCAAACGCGGAAAGUUCCCGGACUACGUACCCAUGUUCGCCUUUCCCAACGACAUCCAUAUUGUUUCCUCCGACGAUCGGCCUCGCUCUACAUGGCACGGCUUUACGAUGACGGGAGAAGACAACAGGAAGCUUUAUGGCAUCACCAUCAUUAUAUGGACAGCGUUGACCGCAGAGGCAGCAGAGGAGGUGGAGACCAGAUGUGAGCAGUGGCGGCAGAAUCACAUGUCCAAUGAGGAGAGAGAGUUGGCCGCAAGCUUGGGGGUUCGCUUGGCGGCUGAACGAUCACAUCUCUCACAGCUGCUCUCAAAGCUCCCUACGAUACCCUCUGGAUCGCCAGCCCGAGACAGGUUGGAGGAUCAAAUAAGUAUGGUUGAGGAAAAGAUUGCCCUCAUGACGGAUAUGCUACGGCCGCUGCGGCACGGCGCGGCUUCAAAGAUCGAAGGGCUCACGGCUGGCGAGAGCGGCCUGUGGAUCCCUCGAGCAUACGGUGUUCUUGGCAGGGACGCGGCCUGCAUGGGCUUCUGGAAAGAGUGGCUCAGGUCAAUCAUCGUUCCCAUGACGGACGGGGCCGUUCUCCGAGUGCCUCCCAGCUCCCCCAAAGUUGGCCGCUGGCAACCUUUGGAACGCUACGUGGUGAACCUUUGCACGGAAGCUUUCAGUCCGUUGGGAUCCAAGACGCAGGUGGAGCUCGGUGUGAGAGAACUGCGGCUCUACGCUCGAAAGGAGGGAGCCAACGAGCUCCCUGGUUCCCGGACCAUUGAUUUAUACGCCCUGUUUCGGUGUCUCUCUCUCGAAAACGUCGUUGCCCUGUUCGAGUACGCCAUGUCCGAAUCUCGUAUCAUCUUCUUAUCCUCCCACACGAGCAUGUUGCAUCUGGCCUGCCAUGCUCUGGUGAACCUUCUUUACCCUCUCCAGUGGGCGAGCAUCUUCAUCCCCGUCCUCCCAGCUAGACUCAUUUCCGCCCUCGAAGCCCCGUGCCCCUACAUCGUCGGCGUUGAACGCCGGUAUGAACGGAUCGACCUGCCGGAUGACGACUAUGUCCUGGUCGACCUGGACAAGGACACGAUCGAUGCCACCUCGCAACCCCACCGUCUCCCCAGACAGCAUCGGCGAAAGUUGAUGUCUCUUCUCCAGGUUGCCGCUCCUCACACUCUUCGAUACGGUGUCAGCACUGGACCACCGCCGUACGCCAUUGAGUCUUUCCCCUACGACUCCUUCUCCUCGGAGAACGCGUCAGUCUUUACAUCCACAGCAGAACCGACGACCUUGGGCAAGUGGGUGUCACAAAGCUCGUCAAGCUUUGCAGACCGGACCCCUCCCGAGCAAAUCCACCCACCCGUGUUCAACGCGUUUACCAUUUCCUCAGUUGACACUGGGAAGUUUGACCAUCGACCAAGCACGAGCAAAUCGUCCAAGACAAGUCCGCAGUCCUCCGUAUCUCCUGCGUCUGCCAGCUUUCCUCCCAUGCCAACUACUCCUAUUUCACGCAGCGAUUCUGGCUUUGCCCUGACCGCUACACUCCGAGAAAAGAGGUCGGGGCACUUUGGGGAGGAAAAGGGCCGUCGAAGCUCAUCCUUUGGGUUGGAUAAGUUCCAGCCCAACCACAAAUCGAGCUUGCCGCUGCUCAGCGGGCAUCAGCCGAAUGCCUCCAUUUCUGGUUUCUCUGUUGUUUCGGAAUCAUCGUUCGGCGGCGGGUACGCGCCGUCCGCCUACGCUCAGUCUACCCUCGCCGCAUCCACCAUCAUGCCCAGCAUGCAAAUCCAGACGGUGCGAAACACGGAGACAACGGUAUGGGUCGAGGGCCACUGCUUCAGCCUCAACGCCAAAGACUGUUCCUCCAUUUGCACUAUUUGCGAUGACAAGUCAGAGGGUGACGGCUUGUACGAGUGCACAUCGUGCAAGACCGUAGCCCACGGCCGAUGCCUGGGUCAAGUGUCACUUGUCUGCCCGGAAGCUUUCCACCCCGACCGAGUAAGAGCGGCGUUUGUACGAUGCCUAGCCAGUUUACUUUACACUUACCGGAGACACCUCGGCCGUCCUACCAAGCAGCAAAAGUCCAAUGGGCAGAUGUACGCCUUUGACAUGGAUGGAUUUAUACGGAGUCUGCCAUACGAUCAACAAGAGUACGCCGCCAUGAUGCGCGACACUCAAGGCAAGUCAACCCGUUACCCCUUCAACGAAUUCAUCCACAGCCGCGAAACCACGGCAGCAUCCGACCCCUCCGUCCGUCUGUUCGACGAGAUCCUCAUGGCCAAGAAAGCCCGCGGCCGACCCGGCCUCCCCUCGGGCCUCUCGCGGCUUUCCACCAUUCGUCAAUCCCACGGCGCAUCCGUGUCACCGUUGGGCCUCGCCAACGGGUCCCGCGCGGCCUCCAGCAAAGCACCUGUCUAUCUCACCAACACGUCUGACCAUAUCUGGCGCACCGCCUCAGUCCCGUUGCCGAAGGGCAACUUUCCCGGCGAAUACCGCUCUGUGAUAACGCGGAUUCCGUCCUGUCUUGACAAAACGCUGAUGCGCGAGCCCCGUGCCAUUCAGGGCGUUCCGAGGAUGGAACAGCGUGGCACGAGGGCCUUUAUGCGGAAGCAAGUUCCCAGCAUGUUGGGGACUACUCCUCCUCCAUGA